UGCGGUGCGCAUGCGCGUACGAGAUAUUCGACGGUCAGUCGAUUUUUAGUCAACUCUCGACUUCCUCUUCCCGUAGCGCGGUGUACAAUGGCGUCUGGUACACUCUAUACAUAUCCGGAGAACUUCAGAGCCUACAAGGCACUGAUCGCGGCUCAGUUCUCCGGGGCGGAGGUCAAGGUGGCGGAGGAUUUCGUCUUUGGUGAGACCAACAAGUCCGAAGCCUUCCUCAAGAAGUUUCCUCUUGGCAAGGUCCCAGCUUUUGAGACUAGCGACGGUGAAUAUAUUACAGAAAGUAAUGCAAUUGCAUAUUAUGUUGCUAAUGAUCAACUGAGAGGAAAAACCGAUGUAGAUCGAGCUAAGAUUUUACAAUGGUUUGGUUUUGCGGACUUAGAAAUCUGGCCCACCAGCAGUGCAUGGGUCUUCCCUCUACUGGGAAUUAUGCCUUACGAUGAGCAGACCAUAAACAAUGCAAAGAAGGAUGUUGAGAAAGUAUUGACGUUUUUAAAUUCUCAUUUAUUGACAAGGACUUAUUUAGUGGGCGAAAGGCUGACGCUUGCUGAUAUCAGUGUUGCCAUGACACUUUUGUACUUGUAUCGGUACAUUUUAGAGCCCAAUUUACGCAAGCCUUACCAGAAUGUUAAUAGAUGGUUCCAAACUGUUAUUAAUCAACCAGAAUCCAUUGCUGUGAUUGGUGCUUUUAAAUUGGCAGAUAAAACAAUUGAGUACGAUCCUAAUAAAUCCGUAACCACUCAAGAAAGGGCUGAAGCUAAGGAAACAAUGGAAGUUGAACUUAAGUUAACUAGUGAAAUUAAGACAAAGAAAGCAUUUCAAGUGGAUGAUUUUAAACGAGUUUAUAGUAAUGAAGAUGAAGCUAUAUCCAUCCCUUACUUUUGGGAGCAUUUUGAUCCUGAAAAUUACAGCAUUUGGUUCUGCGAAUAUAAAUAUCCAGAGGAGCUUACAAAGGUGUUUAUGUCUUGUAACUUAAUUGGAGGAAUGUUUCAACGCUUGGACAAAAUGCGAAAGCAUGCUUUUGCUAGUGUAUGUCUUUUUGGAACCGAUAAUGAUAGCAGUAUCAGUGGAGUCUGGGUUUGGCAAGGACAUGAGCUUAUAUUUCCUACAUGUCUUGACUGGACAGUAGAUUAUGAAUCUUAUAGCUGGACUAAAUUGGAUCCUUUAGAUGAGGAAACGAAAGGAAUUGUCCAACAAUAUUUCAGUUGGUCUGGUACUGAUAAAAAUGGACGCAAAUUUAAUCAAGGAAAGAUUUACAAAUAAAUAUUUUACAUUUUAAAAGCCAAUACUUGUAUACAAAAAAAAAAAAAAAA